CGAGAGCAGACCGGAAGCGGAAGUAACCGCAGCGUCUCCUGGUGCUGCAGCGUGUUGUUUCCGCUCCAGCGUCGUUGGAUCAGAGCUGCAGACAUGGCGAGAAACGCUGAGAAGGCCAUGACGGCGCUGGCCCGCUUCAGGCAGGCUCAGCUGGAGGAGGGGAAAGUCAAGGAGAGGAGACCUUUCCUGGCCUCCGAGUGCAGCGAGCUUCCCAAAGCUGAGAAAUGGAGACGGCAGAUCAUCAGUGAGAUCUCAAAGAAGGUCGCUCAGAUCCAGAACGCCGGUCUGGGCGAGUUCCGGAUCCGGGAUCUGAACGAUGAGAUCAACAAGCUGCUCAGGGAGAAAGGUCACUGGGAGUACCGCAUCAGGGAGCUGGGAGGACCCGACUACGUGCGCUUCGGUCCGAGGAUGCUGGACCACGAGGGGAAGGAGGUGCCGGGGAACCGCGGCUACAAGUACUUUGGAGCGGCGAGGGACCUGCCUGGAGUCAGAGAGCUCUUCGAGAAGGACCCCACCCCGGCACCGAGGAAGACGAGGGGCGAGCUGAUGAAGGACGUGGACGCGGAGUACUACGGCUACAGGGACGAAGACGACGGCGUGCUGCUUCCUCUGGAGGCGCAGUACGAGAAGGAAGCCGUGUUGGAGGCGGUGCAGAAGUGGAAGACGGAGAAGGAGACUCGCCUGCAGCAGCAGGAGGAGGAAGAGGAGGAGAGCAUCUACACCGUCCACAACGACGAGGCUGAGGAUGAGGAGAGACGGGAGGAGAUGGAGGGAGAGGAGGGAGGAGUCAGCUUCAUCGCUCACGUUCCCGUUCCGUCUCAGAAAGAGGUGGAAGAGGCGCUGGUCCGCAGGAAGAAGAUGGAGCUGCUGCAGCGCUACGCCAGCGAGACGCUUCAGGCUCAGAGCCAGGAGGCCAGAACUCUGCUGGGCAUCUGAUGGGCCCGGUUCUGAUCCAGCCCGGUUCUGAUGGGCCCGGUUCUGAUGGGCCCGGUUCUGAUGGGCCUAGUUCUGACCCCUUUGUAAAUAUCAGUUGUUGCUUUUCUACGUUGUUCUCAUUAAAUCUUUGACCAAUCA